GCCAGAGAGCCAAGAGCCAUGGAUUCCGUUUCCUUUUCUUCACAAAAUCCCUCCUCCAUACAAAAACCCCAUCUCUUCCAAAACCCUCUCCCCGCCUCCGAUCCCGAAAUCCCUCUAUUCAAUCUUUCUAUCCUCCGUCAGAAGAUUGAUUCCCUCCGCCAAUCCCUUUCUCAGUCUCUCGAUUCCAACGCUCCGAUCUCCGCCGAACAGAUCAAUCUCGCCUCCACUGAAAUCGCGUCUGCAGUCCACCUGAUCAUCGUAAAUGGAGCGGCUCUCGUUGCGUUUUCUCAAAACCAGAGUAUCCGCCCUGAGAUCGGAGAUCGGACGGUUCCGAUUGCCGGAAAUCCUGGAAAUCGGCCAGAUAUGACGUGCCCGACGAACUCUACCGUCGCUGGAAUAAUUAUGGAUCCGAUUGCAGGAGGAUCUGCAAGAACGUCAGACCUAUGGAAUCGGACGGAUAUUCAGUUCGCUGGACAGGUUUCCGAGAUUUCUCACUUUGUUGGAGAAAUUGAUGAUUCGAUCGCAGGGAAAGCAGUGGAACCGUCCGAUCUACGUGAUCCGACAAAUCCUCAGCUUACAGUAAUGAGCGUUGAAGAUAUGAAGAUUCCAACUGGUUUUUUGGCCUCGGGGAUGCUAAACAAUCCAGAAGAUGUAAAAAAUUUGCCGGCAUGGCACAAAAAUCUGCCAGGUCUGAAGCUUCCAACCAAAUCUGCGGCCUCUGGAAAUCUGGGAAAAUCAGCAGGUCUUAGAAUUGCAGAGUCGGGAGAUCGAAAGGACGACGGAAUUGAUGGCAAUACUGAAAUCGUUGAGCUUGACAUGGUGGAAUUGCUCGUGGAGCACGUACAUUUCUGCGAGAUCUGCGGGAAGGGAUUCAAGCGCGACGCUAAUCUCCGAAUGCACAUGCGUGCGCACGGCAACCAGUUCAAGACGGUGGAAGCCCUAGUGAAACCAGACCGGCCGGAGGUCGAUUCGGGUAGGAAAAUCCGGUUCUCGUGCCCUUUCUCUGGCUGCAGCCGUAAUCGGUCUCACAAGCGGUUCCGGCCAUUGAAAUCGGCUAUCUGCGUCAAGAAUCACUUCAAGAGAAGUCACUGCCCAAAAAUGUAUUCAUGCAAUCGGUGCAACAAGAAGAGCUUCUCGGUCCUAGCUGAUCUCAAGAGCCACCUCAAGCACUGCGGCGAGUGCCGGUGGCGCUGCUCCUGCGGGACCAGCUUCUCGAGAAAGGACAAGCUGUUUGGGCAUGUGGCUUUAUUUGAGGGCCAUAUGCCGGUGGUUGUGGAAGAGAAGCCGAAAGAGGUAGUUGAAGAAGAAGAAAUGCAAUUGGAUGAAGACGAGCACGUUGAUCCUAGUGGUAAGGUUUCGGAUUUCGGGUUGCUCGAAGAUCUUUGGGAGGGAUUUGGUUCAAUUGGUGGGGGUUCGUUCGAAGACGCAUUAGGGUUUCUCUAGCAGGUGCGUAGGUUUUUUUUUUUUUUUUUUUUUUGAUUUAGGAUGCAUAUAUUCUUUCUGUUGUAUACGUGUUCUUCUUCUUGGCCUGUUUGGGUUGGUGGAUUCCAAUCGUUUCCUGUUGAAAAUUGUAAUUAUUAUGGAUGCGUGAUUGAAUAUAAGCUGUAAUGGUGUAAAAAAACUGCUGUCUCUACCUGCAAUGUUGCCGUUCGGUGUAUCUUGAAAAUCAGGACGAAACUACCAGGGAUUCUCCCAUCAUUUCCCAUAGCCCAUGAGUCUUUUAUACCCUCUCGGUAGGCCACAGGCCUAUGAUAUCAAAGCCAUCCUCGCAGCCGAUAUAACCAAAGGAGAUUGUAUUGUUGAAUCUUCUCCAUUUUCAUCUUCACAACAGGGAACGAUUGCCUCUACGAGAAGGCCAGAGGUGUUCCCACUUUGCAAACCCACUCCUGCACCUCUCCUUCUUUGAUCUUGAACAUCAUCUGAAUUGGUGCAAAGUCUCCGUAAAACUAGCUAGACCCAAAGUCAUUGUCAUCCCAGAUCCAGAUGGAGAACAGCAAGGUUGUGCAUGGAAAACCUGACUGAUCAGGGGGUAAUCUCGGAAACUAACAUGCAGUUCAUGUGACAAUCUUCUCAACGAUGAAGAAGUGAUUGUUGUUUUUGAACAUGCAGUUAGAAAACAUUGCAUGCUAAUUCACAUGGGGAUUACUCCCUGCUUGGUCCUCAUGGCUCAUUCUACCAUUGCCUCCCUUUUGCAUACGAAGUCAUUUCGAUUCUUCUUCUCUGUGUUCGUUAUUUGCAUGAUCAGUACUGAUGCCCCAUUGGUGCGUUCGUAUUUGCACAUGGGUGAUGAAUGCCCACUAGUCUAUGGUGGUGAUCAUGCUGACAGUCAAUGCACUUCUAUUCACCAGUGUGAAGCCCAUCCACCAAUAUUUGGGAGUUUCAAGUCCCACAAACUUGUCGUACCAUACUAGCAUCAAAUAUGGUGUGGUACAUGCUUAAAGCCGCCCACUUGUCGAUUUCAUGGCUUUGGAACCAUGGAAUCAUCAGUUAUAUUCAAACAUUAGAAAACAGUGGGAAUGUCUAGUCUUGUGGUCUACCAUUUCAGAACCGCACCAUUGAUUCUGCUGUCUUCAGUAGUAUCCAACCAUAGGAAGUCGGCAGAAAUACGUGCAUGCUAAUUAUUUUCACAUGUAAAUGAGCGUGGACAUAGAAUGGGGUUUACACCACUUUUCAGUUGACAGAUAAAGUAGUUCGCCAUCCUUACGAUUUUCAAGUACACUACGACAGAAUCCAUCAACCCAAACAGGCACAAUCAUGGCUUUGAACUUGCUGAAAUAAUCAUUACAAACAUUUUGUUGCAAUAAAGAUGAAGCUCUUUUGAAUUC